CUUUUACUUGAAUAAACAUUUUGAAUUUUUGAAUUUAUGAAGGAUUAGUGUAUUGUGAGUGUGGUGCGGGAGGUGUGGAUGAGGCCGCCUUGGAGGCGUGAAUCCGGCCAGCCACACACCACCGUUCUCCACAGUUUAAGUUUGUAUAGCUAAAGAGAAACACAAUGGAUAGUCCCACUAAGAACGGCGACUUGGAAAUCUUCCAGACAUUCGAGCUGUCUGACGGGGCUCGAACUGUAACCAUCUUGGCGUCCAAAGCAGAGGAGGAGAGGAUAAAUCAAGACCAAGAAUAUGCUACGCGGAGGUUUCUCUCAGCUGUGGGUGAAUACAAUACUGUUGAAGGAGAAGAUGACUUCAAUCACAAUGCCACCCUUCUACUCAUUGAAUGCGUUCGGGACCGUUAUGAAAAAUUUUGUUCUUCAAGACAAGAAAGAAACCUGGUAUAUAUGGAGAUACAGGAUGAACUGAGGUCUUACUCUUAUAAUUUCUCUGUGGAAAAGAUUCGAAGUAAAUGGAACAGUCUCGUUACAACCUAUAAGAGAAUUAAAGAUAGACAUAAAGUUGGUGGCAUUGGAAUUGGAAAGAGAACUUGGGACUAUUUUCAGCCUCUGGAUGAUCUUUUAGGACCAACAUAUGUUUCAACCGGGCCUGCUGGUUUAUCUAUGCCCAUUAUAAAGCUCCAGACAACCAAAGUCAGCCACCAUUUGCCUUCAACACCAACUGUCAUCGUCAAAACUUUGGCUUCCCCAGAACUGUCGUCUACUCCUCCCUUAGCGUACUCGCCUGCUUUGCCUCAGUCGGCAUCCUCCACCAAUAUGCUACCAGAAAUUAAAAGAAAAAAUUUUGAUUCUACCUCAGUCAGUCUUGAGUGUCAGACUGAAAGAGGAGAAAAAAGACAACACUUAAUAGAACAAUAUUUUCAGGAAGUGAAAGAUAAAGAAGCAAAGGAGGAAGAAUAUAGGAGGAGAAAAGAGAAGAGAGAAAGAAUGAAACUUAGAGCACUACAAAAAAUAGGAAAAGAACUUCAAAGUAUAGCAAAUAUACAGUUAGAAAUCAUUAAAAAACAGGAUUUAAUUUUGGAAGAAAUUAAUCGAUGAAAGAUGAAGUAUACUGUAUAUAUAAAUUUGUCCAGAGAUCUACAUUAUCUGCUGUCGGUCAUAAGAGCAUUUAUGAUUCUUCAGCACCCGAGUGGCAUUUACUGCUCAUACUAAUAUACAGUAGGUAACCAACUGUAAUUUUUUGGACUGAAUUUUAAUCCUGCAUGAAAGUGUGAUUAUGAAAGCCCCUUUGAUUACAAAUGACUGGUUAAUUUUCCUGUUUUGUGACAAGUAAUUUGUGUGUGCAUAUUUCAUUCAAUGAUUAUUUUUCAGGUAAAAACACUAGUAUUUGUUCUUUUUCUAAUUUUAUAUAGUAUACUAAAACGUAAAAAAGACAAACAGUUUUUGUCAGGUAUGCAGCUGACGUUUUAAGCCAAAACUUCAUCUUAUGUUGCCUACUGUGGUUCAUUACUGUCAAUUUAAAAUAUAUGAAAUUGAGAAAUUGACUUCCAUCACCUAGUUAAGACUAGUGUAUUGUUUUAUAAUAAAAUGCUGAAUACUUA